AUGGCGCUGGCACCAUUCACAGGCGCUCAGCGGUUGCGAGAGCUGCUGAAAGAUCCAAAGCAUCUAGUAGUACUUCCCGGUGUCUUCGAUGGAUUGACGGCAAGGCUGGCGUUGGCUGCCAGCUUUGAAGGCCUCUAUAUGACUGGCGCCGGGACUUCCAUAUCAACGCUUGGAUGGGCAGACCUGGGAAUUGCUACACUUUCGGAUAUGAGGAGCAAUGUCGAGAUGAUAGCAUCUCUUAAUCCAUCAGUUCCCGUCGUGGCGGAUGCUGACACUGGAUACGGUGGCCCAAUCAUGGUUUCUCGGACGGUGACUCAAUACGCCAGGGCAGGUGUUGCAGCCUUGCACAUCGAGGACCAAGCACAGGAGAAACGAUGCGGACAUCUUCUCGGCAAGGUGAUAGUUGAUCGUGAGAUCUACUACAGUCGCCUCCGCGCAGCUGUGAAUGCUCGAAACCAGCUCAAAUCCGACAUGCUGAUCAUUGCGAGAACGGACGCUCGUCAAUCAUACGGGUUCGACGAGGCCGUGGAGAGGCUGAAAGCAGCUGUGGAAAUUGGCGUGGAUGUUCUUUUCUUCGAAGCCCUCGCAUCCAAGGAAGAGGCCCGCAAAGUCUGCCAGAUCUUUGGCGACACGCCUGUCCUGCUGAACAUGGUCCCUGGUGGUGUCACACCGAAUAUGACCGCUGCAGAGGCCCAAGAGGUCGGAUUCCGCAUCAUGAUCCUGCCGGGUGUCUGCAUUGGGCCGAUCAUCAAGAGUGUCCGCGGUGAACUUGAGCAUCUCAAACAGCAUGGAACGGUUUCGGAAGACAACGGCAGCGCUGGAGUGAAGGAGGCCUUCAACCUGGCUGGGCUGCAGGAAUGCAUAUCUCUGGACCAGCUUGCUGGCGGCAAAGCUUUUGAUACCGUCGGAAAGUGA